GGGGUUUUAUUAUGCUGCCCUUAAAGGAAGUUCUCUGAAUCACGCUAGUGUCACUCAGGACCGACCAAACCGGAACAGCGGCGCAUUCCGAGGAGUUUCUGUUUACCUGUCCGUCAGGUGCGGAUCAUCCAGCGGCGCGGCUCACCGCGGGGCGCCAAGCGGCUCCAGGCCGUUUCCUCGGCAGCGAUGUGUGACUGUCUGAUGGCGUGUGUGCGGCGGCUCCUCCCGGAGAAACCGAACCACGGAGACGGGAAUAACAAGGUGGAUGCUGACGGUAAGAGUCAGCCGGUCAGCCCGCCGCCGCCGCCGCCGGACAGGCCGGAGAGGCCGUCGGAAAACGCCAUCUACACCGGGAUCUGGCCGUUCGACGCGCGGCACCGGGACGAGCUGUCCUUCCAGGUGGGGGACCUGCUGGAGGUCAUGUGCCGCAACGGAGACUGGUGGACGGCCAGGAAGAUCGAGAAGAACGGGCGCAUCCUGGGCACCGGGAUAGUUCCGCACAACUACCUGGCCAGAGCGGAGUCCCUGCAGAUGCAGCCAUGGUUUUUCGGGACGAUGAGUCGCUUCGAAGCCCAAAACAUCCUAAUGGAGCCAGCAAACGAGGACGCCUCUUUCCUGGUUCGGAAAAGCGAGAGGGACAGCAUCGGAUACGUUCUUUCAGUGAAAUCCGACAAUGCAGUCCGGCACUUUCGCAUCCUACAUAAAGAAGAGAGUUUUUAUGUGGAGCAGACUCAGAGGUUCAGUUCUCUGGCUGACCUGGUGAACUACUACUGCGAACACAGCCUCAACGACAUCGUCUCUCUGGGGAAUCCGUGCAACAAGAAAAAGCCAAACAUCGAAGAUAUCAACCACUUGCUGGAUGAUUGGGUUCUCCCGAAAAACGAGUUCACCAUCGAGAACCAACUGGGCAACGGCUGUUUUUCACAGGUCUUCCGCGGUCGCUGGAAGAACCACAUCAACGUGGCCAUUAAGGUCUUGAAAAAUGACUCUGUAGACAACGCAGAGUUUCACAGGGAAGUUGAAAUCCUGAAGAGGCUUCACCAUCGUCACCUGAUCUCCCUGUUCGCCAUUUGCAUCGAAUCGUCGCCGUAUUACAUCAUCACCGAGCUGAUGGAGAAAGGCAGCCUGCUGCAGUUCCUCAGAGGGAAAGAAGGACAAAAUCAAGACACUGCAUCUCUGAUUGACAUGGCAUCCCAGGUGGCUGAUGGGAUGUCGUACCUGGAAGAGCAGCAGAGCAUCCACAGAGACCUGGCAGCUCGAAAUGUUCUAGUAGGAGAAGACUACAUCUGCAAGGUGGCCGACUUUGGGCUGGCACGACUCGUCAAGGAGCCAUUUUACAUCUCGGAAGAGAAGAAGAUUCCCUACAAAUGGUCGGCGCCUGAAGCCAUCAGCCACGGGAAGUUCUCCAUCAAGUCAGACGUUUGGUCUUUUGGGGUUUUGCUCUAUGAGAUCAUGACCUAUGGAAGUGUCCCAUACCCAGGCUUCAACAACCGUGAAGUUUACAACAAAGUCAAGAGCGGCUACCGGAUGGAGGCGCCCAACAAAUGCCCCGGCUUCGUCCACAGCAUCAUGCUGAAAUGCUGGCAGGAGCAGCCAGGGGACAGGCCGACCUUCAAAGAUCUCAAGGACAUGCUGGAGAGAAGCUCCUAUGAGCUGGAGUCGCCUCCAGGGGGCAGCAGGGAGCAGUGAUCUGCAUACAAACAUGGCCGCCGCUGUGACAGAGAAGUGAAAUACGGUAGUUUCACAGCCAAAACGGAGACUGGACGGGCCGCUUUUACAGCUUUAAAGACUCUUCACAUCAUCACAGCAAGAACAGAAUCUAAACCAGGGGUGUCCAAAGUACGGCCCGGGGGCCAUUUGUGGCCCUCAGAACAAUUUUGGGCAGCCCUUGAUUAUUAUUCAAGACUACUCUAAAUUUGAAGUUUUUACUGAGGCCAGGUUGUUUAAAAAAGAUACAAUUAAAAUCUUAAAAUGGAUUUUAAUUGUAUCACCCAAGUUUUUGCUUUGAAUUUAAUGUAAUUUAUUAAUAACAGGUACAAAAGCAUCCAGUGGCAUAAACAAAACCAAAGACAUAAAAACAAAUAUAGAAAAAGAAUCUGAAAUAUGGUUUGUUUUAAAUAUGGCAAACAUGCGAGAUCCUUUUUGAAACUGUAAUAAUUGUCAACAGAAAUCUGACAAUCAAAAACAAAAUAGUUUCUUUUAUUUUUUAUUCUGAGCAUUUUAAAAUACUCAACAUGUUGUGACCCUUUGAACAGUUUCAACUUGACUUUUAUGGCCCAAAUAUCAAAAGUUUGGACACCCCUGAUCUAAACUUUGCUCAGAAGGUUACUGAAGGUGCAACUUAUUAAUAAACUUUUACACUACUAGUGGAGAUGUUUAAAAAUGUGCAAUAGGGAUGAAGUGUGUCGUCCAAAAGGGAUUAAUUUCUCUUUGUGUCUUCGUUCCUACAGAGGAAACUAAAUAUUCUGGAGCUCAUGUUCAAGUCUCAUUGACAGGUUUUAGUGAAUAUUACAACUUUCAGAUUGUGAAAUAAAUUUGAAUAUCAAGACAAUCUGAGUUGCAGACAGUUUUAAAGCAACCAGGCUUAAGUCCAAAUUUUCCCAAAACUUCAUUUUGUGCCAGAGUUGAACUCGGUGGUGAAAUCUGGAUGAUUCUCCUGCUGUGUAGCUUCAAGAGUAACUAACAUCUAGAUCCACUUUUUUUAAAGUUAAAAUGUCUAAAUUUGUCAUUUAGGGCUCUAUAUUUAUGUUUCUGUGCAAAUGU